AUGAUACGUCUGGCCUCCAAAUCUUUGGCCUCUAACGAAGACCUCUCCACCGUCACGUCCCAGGUGGUCAAUGAAAAGGAAACACAUGCUGUUCACGAAGGCAACUCCUCUAUCAUCCAGUUGGUUCAGGCCAAACCCACUGUCCUUGUUCUUGUUCUCACCUUUGUUGCUUCCAUCUCCGGGUUUAUGUUUGGCUACGACACUGGUUACAUUUCCUCGGCGUUGGUGGUUAUCGGCACGGACUUGGACAAUAAGGUCUUAUCCUACGGUGAGAAGCAGUUCAUCACCUCUGCUACCUCGCUUGGUGCGUUGAUUGGGGCCAUUUUUGCCGGUAUUCUUGCCGAUUUAUACGGCCGGAAGAAGGUCAUCUUGGGCUCCAACGUGCUCUUUCUCUGGGGAGCUGCCAUGCAAACUGGUUGCCAUACCGUGUGGGUGAUGAUCGGGGGCAGAUUCAUCAUGGGUUUCGGGGUUGGUAUCGGCUCUCUUAUCGCGCCAUUAUACAUUUCUGAAACUGCACCUACCCAUUUCCGUGGUCGUUUGGUGGUGAUCAACUGUUUGUCCAUUACCGGCGGCCAGUUGGUUGCGUAUGCCAUCGGCGCUGGUGUCACGCACCUCCACAACGGCUGGCGGCUCUUGGUUGGCUUGAGUUUGAUCCCUCCUGCCGUGCAGUUUGUCAUGUUCUUCUUCUUGCCCGAUACUCCGCGGUACUUGAUCUCCAAGGGUAAAUUGGAGGAAGCCAAGUCCGUGCUUGCCCGCACCCACAGCGACGCUUCGCCGGAAUUGAUCGAAGCGAAGGUCCAGGAAAUGUCGCUCACCGUCACUUCCAUGGCCGGUAGUAAUCCGUUUGUCCAGUCGUGGAACGCCAUCAAGCAGCUCCACACGGUUCCGUCCAACUUCCGUGCCUUGGUCAUCGGGUGCGGUAUGCAGGGGAUUCAGCAGUUCACCGGGUUCAACUCGUUGAUGUACUUCUCGGCCACCAUUUUCGAGAGUAUUGGAUUCAAGGACUCCGUUGCCGUGUCGAUCAUCGUCGCUGCCACCAACUUUGUCUUCACCAUCGUUGCGUUCUUCAUCAUCGACAAGGUUGGGAGAAGAAGAAUUCUUCUCGUCGGUAUUCCCGGGAUGAUGAUCUCUUUGAUUGUAUGUGCCAUUGCGUUCCACUUCUUUGGGAUCAAAUUUGUCGAUGGCGCCGCCGUGGUCAAUCACGUGGGGAUCUCCGGCUGGGGAAUCGUUAUCAUCGUCAGUAUGAUCUGCUUCACCGCGACGUAUGCCUUCAGUAUCGGUAACGUCCCGUGGCAGCAAUCUGAGUUGUUCCAGCAGGACGUUAGAGGAGUGGGCACUGCCUACUGUACCGCCACCAACUGGGCCGGCUCGUUGGUCAUCUCCUCCACCUUUUUGACCAUGUUGCAGAAAAUUUCCGCGACCGGCACCUUCUCGUUCUUUGCCGGAUUGUGUUUUGUUUCGUUCAUCUUUAUCUGGUUUUGUUAUCCAGAAUUGGGCGGCUUGGAGUUGGAGGAAACCCAACAACUUUUGACCGGCGGGUUUAACAUCAAAGCGUCGAAGGAGUUGGCUCGGAGGAGAAAGCAAGCCGCGAAGUUGGCUAAGAGUGGCGAACUCGCCUAA